AGAAAAUGUCUGAAGGAUUUUUACACGCAUCCCUGCUCUCAUCAGACAGAACCUCGAUUGGGAAACACUGGAGCUCUGACAGUUGUUCGUGCUGAAUGAAGUCAUGAGAUAAUAAAUGAAGAAUAAACGGUUAGGAAGUGAAAGUGAAAGUCAGUCUCCAUUUUGUGUGGAGGGGAAAAUACAGCAUUUAAGGAGUAAAAACACAGGUUUGAUUUAACACACCGAUGUUGGAGUGAAGUAAACGUGUGUCCUGCUGUAAUCUGGAGAAGGAGACAUGACCUCCAACAUCAGUGUGUCUGGAGAACAGGACUUAAAGAGAGACGAGAGAAUGAUGGAGGGAAAGAGAUCAGACUCACCAGAACCCAGCUGUGUGUCCAUGAAGAGUGACGAGUCAAUGGAGCAUCCACUUACCUUCAGAGAUGGAGCCAGUUCUCCUGAUGUGAGACCACAACAGAAGAAAUCAAACCUCAGCAGAAAUCAGUUGGACUCCAUAUUCAAGGAGCUGGAACACAAAGUCAUCACUCUGAUAAAGAAUGAGCUGGAGAGGUUUAGGAAGCUCCUGAGUCCAGAUUACCCAGCAUGCACUGAGAGGGAGGUGGAGGAUGAGGAGGAUCUGCACAGUGUCAGAGACGGAGCGCUGAAGAUCACACUGCACGUCCUGAAGAACAUGAACCACACAGAUCUCGCUCACACACUGCACAACAAGUCUGUGGCCUCUGUGUAUCAGACAAAGCUGAAAUCCAGCCUGAGAGAGAAGUUUAAAAGAAUUAAUGAAGGAAUCUCACAGCAUGGAAGCUCAGCACUUCUGAAUGAGAUCUACACAGAGCUCUACAUCACAGAGGGUUGGAGUGGAGACGUCAAUAAUGAACAUGAGGUGAGACAGAUUGAGACAGCGUCCAGGAGACCAGCAGCACAGGAGACACCCAUCAAAUGUAAUGAUCUCUUUAAAGACAAGUCCAUCAGAAGUGUGCUUACUAAAGGAGUUGCUGGAAUUGGAAAAACAGUCUCUGUGCAGAAGUUCAUUCUGGACUGGACUGAAGGAAAAGCAAAUCAGGACGUCACCUUCAUGUUUCCACUUCCCUUUAGAGAGCUGAAUCUGAUGAAGCAGGAACAUCUCAGUCUGAUGGAUCUUCUUCAUCACUUUUUCCCUGAAAUGAGAAAACUACAAUUAAUAGACUUCUACAAAGUGGUGUUGAUCUUUGAUGGUCUGGAUGAGUGUCGACUUCCUCUAAAUUUCCAGAAGAAUGAGAGACUGUGUGAUGUGACAGAGUCAGCCUCAGUGGAUGUGCUGCUGACGAACCUCAUCAAGGGGAAUCUGCUUCCCUCUGCUCUCCUCUGGAUAACCUCUCGACCAGGAGCAGCCAAUCAGAUCCCUCCUGAGUGUGUAGACCAGGUAACAGAGGUACGAGGGUUUAGUGAUCCUCAGAAAGAGGAGUACUUCAGGAAGAGGAUCAGUGAUCAGAGCCUGGCCAAUAAAAUCAUCUCACACAUGAAGUCUUCAAGAAGCCUCUACAUCAUGUGCCACAUCCCAGUCUUCUGCUGGAUCUCAGCCACUGUUCUAGAGAGAAUGUUGGGUGAAGCAGAGAGUGGAGAGAUCCCCAAGACUCUGACUCAAAUGUUCACACACUUCCUGAUCUUUCAGAUCAAACACAAGGAGCAAAAGUACCAUCAGAAAUGUGACCCUGAUCCUGAUCCUGAUCCUCCUGAGUGUUCAGGAGUUUCUGGCUGCUUUAUAUGCAUUUUUCUGCUUUAUUUUUAG